AGUGAUAAGAGCCAUCGUACGCUAAUCAUUGCACCUUUUAAUCAAGGUGGCCAUGGCAGUGCCUUAAUUUAUAUCCCAGCUCUGACAAACGAAAUGAAUCGUCGUGCGCGUGUGAAUCUUUCGAAUUUAACCCGAAAACAAUAAAGGAGGCUGUGCAAAUUAUUGUUUUUAUGUUAAAUGUAACGUUAAGCUUAAUGUGUCGCUUUGUUUUUGUGUUUUUACGUGUUUAAAUAUGUGUAAUGUACCGCCAAAGUUUUAUCAAGUGUGUCGUCUUUGUUUAUCAUGUCCGGAAAGUACUGAUAGGGGUAUCAAUUUAUCUAUUUUCGAAAAUGAUAUCGCCGACAGGAACAUCCCGACUAAGAUAAUGACGUGUCUCUCUAUACUGGUGUCUGACAAGGAUCCACUUCCACAUGUAAUAUGCUUUCGGUGCGCCAAUCAACUGGACGUUUUGAACGAAUUCAAAGAAGCCGCACGAAAAUCUGAAACGCUACUGUUCCAGUUUUUAGCUUAUGCUCGUCAGGUUACCGGUUCAUCUCAGGAAAAAUUGGAACAAUCAAGUGAAAUGUUAGACUCUCUAUUAACCUCGAAUUCGCAUACAACAAAACUUCCAUGCGAGAAAGCAGUUUCUCUUCACGUUCUAGACGGAUCUUCACGAUUAACCGAUUACACAUCCGAACAAACCCGUAAAUUAGAAAGCUCCGAGCAUCUUCCAGACAUACUAAACAUAAAGCAAGAAGUUAUCAUCGAAGAAGAAGAAGAAAUGGGCAGAGAUCUGUCGAUAAAAAAAGAAGAUCGAACCUCGCCGCCGCCCGCGCUAACGAUCAGGCCUGUUAUGGACUACGAACAACGAGUGCUGGACCCCCUAACGCGUUUAAAGAACGAUUCCGCAAUACAAAUCACUCCGAUACUUUCCACGAAUGCAGAUUGCAAACAGUCGUUACCCAUUUUACCUGCAGAUCACGCCUCCGUUAAUGCGGAUCCCAAUUUUAGUAAAGAAAAAUCAGCUUUAAGUAUAGAGCCUAUACAUACAACCAAUAGCGUCAUUCGUGAAAUGUAUCCCUCAGAACCUGCCGAUCUAUCCAAUAAGAAACCUGAAAAUGUAACGUGUGUGCCUGAAAUAGAAUUUAUUAAGGAAGAAGUGAACGACGCAGCUUCUGAUUAUAGUAAUAGUUCAGAUCCGGAACGUUUAGAGGUCGAUAUGUCUCAGGGAGUGGACGAGCAUUCAAAUUCGACAACGGCAAGCGCCACGUCACCCACACCCGAUCAACAGCAAGAAGAACGGCAGCUCUGGAAAGCUUUAUCGCAAAAUGGCCACUCUCAGGGACAGUCGUUAACGGGGGAAGCCAGCCAGUUGUUAAGGAAGUUGAUUACCUGUCGUAAAUUGGGGAUGAGCAUCACGCCGGCGCCCUCAAACGUACCUGCGACCUUUGAUGAUCACAGAAAUAAUUUUGGAAGAGAUUUGACGCUCGAUGCAACAGGAAACAAACUGGGAAGACGAAAACAAACAUUUCCAACGAAGGCUACUUUGGAUGAACCUACGGGAAGAGAGGUAAGUCCGUGUCAAGAUUCUGAAGAGGUAGAAUACAUGCCAGACUUCACUGGUAAUAAUCCUUGGUUUAAUUUGCAAAUCGUGAAAACAAAGGGUGGAGCGGGAAUGGCACGUCGUGUCGACCUCUCUUGCACAAACUGCGGUACACAAACCACAACGAUAUGGAGAAGAAACGUUAAAGGUGAAAUGGUCUGCAACGCCUGCGGCUUGUAUUUUAAGCUGCACGGCGUCGAUCGUCCUCACACGAUGCGAAGAGACACGAUUCAUACGAGACGCCGGAGGCCGAAGGCGUCCGAGUCUGGGAUUGAGAAAGAGAAAAGCAAAGGUAAGAAAUCGAGCAGUACAAACGAAGUGGAUUACGAAAAUUCGUAUGAAACACCUCGUAAGGGAAACCGCAAGUCGAACAUUUCCGAAGUCGACACGGAUGAAAUGCUGACCGCAUUAAGGAGGCAAAUUCCCGUCGCUCCAAAAAUAGUUAAUAGUAACAGCGAGGCCGACACGGAGGACAUGCUGAGCGCGCUGCGCCGACAAAUUCAACCCCACCUGGUCAUGGCACUGCAGGGCCACGCGAAUCCGAGCUAUACAAAUAUUCAGACGCGAAAGUUUCAUCCGAUUUUGCCAAAGGAGGAAUCUACCAUCGGAUCGACAUUGGAAAUGGACGAUUCAGACGACGACAGCAUUACCGAUCUGCCACUUAAUCUCGUUGCAACUCAAAUGGCCGAAACGGAAACUCAUUAGUAUUAUUUCAUUUUUGCCUGUCAUUGACGAUUGUAGUAAAUGGACGCCAUCGAGUAAAUUAUUUUAUAUACGUAUUUAAUUGCUCUCUACGUAUAAAACGUACUUACAAAAAUGCAACUAACAAUACUCAUUAUUACAUAACUCAAUUACUUAAGUGUUGGUUCAUACAGCAACCAAUGGUGAUAUUUUGAGCUAUAAAUCUACCGUUUAUUAUUAUAUUAUUAUUUCAGUGACAUUUUGCUUACGUGUAUGCCAGUACCUUAAGUUUCUGUGUAUUUAUCUGUAGUAUUAUUUUUACAUGUCAUUGGCAAUACUCAGUAUUUUUUAAGUAGUUUCUGUAAUUGUUAAAUUGAAGCAUGUUGAAUUGUCGGCACGUUUAUGAAAUCUGUUACGUUUGAUACUAGUAAUGUUAUAUUUGGAGUAAGUGACCUACUUAUAUUUGUAAUUUAUGAUCGUUUCUGUACUUUUUUACCUAAACCGGUUGAUAAUUGAUUUGUACUUUUAUUUAAUAACCUUAACAGUAGCGAUUAGCAACAUUUUGUAGUGUAGUGUGACGUUUUUGUAUUAUUUUUAAGCUUUUAAAGCAGCAGUUUUCUACGUAGGCUCUCUACCAUUUGUGUUAUAAUUGUUUAAAUUCGUCUUUUACUACGAAUUCAAAUAGUUAUAAAGUGAAGUCUAGAGUGGCGUAACAUUGUAGUAUUAACAAAAGAGUGAUAUUUCUAACAUAUUUACCCUAAUUUUAUUUUGAUAUUAACUUAUUAUGAUCCAAAAUCAGUAUUGUAUACCUUUUUUUUUACUUUUAAGCCCAUUGCCUUAGAUGUUUAAUUUUAUUCUCUAAUUUGGCAGCUUUGGAAUAGUUUAAUCUAUUUUGGAUUAAUUGUUGUAUAAUUUUUGAAAGACGGUAAUUGUUAAUUGUUUACGUGAAAUUCUAAGAGCCCUUCCCGAACUGAGUGACUGAACGUUUCUUACCUAUUUACACUUUACGUACCAAUACUCAAAUUUAAUAUACAAUUUGGCAUUAAUAGUUUUAAUGUAACAUAGGCAUUUUAUAUACUGUUACGAGAUUGGUCGGUUGUGAAUUUUAUUGCGGAAAAGAGAUGAUAAUUGUGCAUUGACGUAUUGGUCUUUUCCUUGACGUGUAUGACUGUAACUCCUAACUGUUGCACUUACUGUUACAGUAAGGAAUAAUUAAGUUUAAUAAGAUCUGUUCUUGUAAUAACUUAACAAAAUCGCUAUUAGUGUUAGAAUAUUUUUUUACAAAUAAACAUGGCUGCUAAUCAAAGUUA